GAAUGUGUGUGUGACAGUUGAGCUUCCUUAUUAGAUAUUCGUUGAUCAAAAGUCAAAACAAAACAAAGAAGUGAAAAUUUGUCGCCUUAUUCUCCUAUUGACAUGACUGUUGGAAGGAGAAUUAGAAGAAUUUUAGGCAGCUGAUCAUUCUGGUGUGUUAACAAUGAACCCAGCAAGUCUUCGUCAUGCGUGUGGGUGGCGCAUAGCACGCACCUUGUUGACCACAGUCAGGCAACUGUCGAUCACAAAGCAACAUGACAGGAAUAGACUGGUGGGUAUCUUGGCUUGGUUUAGGGAGCAGUAUGAUGGCAUUGUAUUCUCUAAGGUCAUGCAGAAUCAUCUGUACAAAGGUCUCAUCUCAGGCAUGCGGAGCUUAUAUAAUCCUCCAGUUCACUUCACAACAAUAUUGGUGCUCUGUCCUAACGUGAUAAUAGAUCAGAUUCCUGUCGUCAGUGACCUCACAGAAUGCUCGCCCCCUCUGCAUAUCAACUUAGAAGAAUGUCAGGUAAUUUUAGAGGUGUUUGCUGAGCUUCAGAAGAAGUGGACUAGUAUGAAGAACUUGCAAAAAGAUGUUAACAAAGAGGAGUCCUAUGUGCUUCCUACCAAGUCACUGGUACUUGAGGGCGUGUACUUUCAAGAUCCAGAGUUUCUUCCACUCUUGUUCAGAGAAAUACCAAAUCUUUGUCACAUUGAACUUCAGUACAAUGCAACCCCUCGUGUCCUGAAGGCCUUGAGCAGACAUUGUCAUCAUCUGGAGUCCCUCUGCCUCCUGGGGCCAAAGAUGGAAGUCUUAGUCGAGAAUGAUAUCUAUUCCAUCCUUUUUGGUAUACCACCAAAUUCUUAUAAUAGCUUUACAUCUUGUAUACUCCAAAAAUUUUCAGACGAGAAAGAAUUCAGGGAACAGUUUGUGCUGCAGUUUCCAAACUUGAGUAAACUGGACCUUGAUGAGUUGUAUUUUGAGAAGAUUGUGUUACUUGAUGUAUACACUCUUGCCCUCCUCCUACAGCCCAAACUAUUAUCCUUUGGAAGGCAUACUGGUGGACUAACAAAAAGUGUAAUUUCAAAUUAUAUUGAGCUCUGGAAAAUUGCGAAUGAAAUCCCAGUUUCUUACAUCAGCAUCUAUUUAAAAAAAGCAAAAUUUGUUGAUAGUGUGCGUGGAGUGCCAGAAGAUCCAGAGAUGGAAUUGCAGUAUAUGGAAGAAAUAUUGCCAAUGUUCAAGUCUUUAGAAUCUGUUGAGCUGCAGAAAAUGCAUUGGAAGCAGAAUCAUGUGGCAAAAUUUUGUCGAAUGUUUGCCGACCGGAUUAAUGCAAUCUCAUUAAGUGACGUGCCAGUGAAGGAUAUAUUUUGCCUCGGUAAUAUCUCUCAUCUACAAGUAACAUACAGAGGACCAUAUUAUUUUGAGACGAUAAACAUUAUCUUGGAUAACCUUCCAAACCUGUUAACUCUGAGUAUUCAUUCCUUGCUCCGAGAAUACCUUCAGGACAAUAAUGAAAUUGGUAUAGAACAAGGAAAUGCAUGGGAUGAACUACAGCACAUUCCGGAAGACCACGUAUUUGAUGAAAUAGAGAAUGAAGAACUAGAAGGAUUUCUUGGGCAAAUUAAUGAACAGUUAAAUGCAAAUGUAGAGGCUAAUCCUGUAAAUCUACCACGUUUACGUGCCCCAGCACUUUACAGACCUGACAAACCUGUACGCAGACAUAAAAAGCCCAAGUAUAAAGUUCAUCAUAAAUUAGCAACCUUGCGUAUCGCUUCUUUGUGUGAGGCAGCUAAGGAUCCCUCAGAGGUUUUCCUCAAACGUCUUCUAAAGCAAUUACCAAACCUUCAACGUCUUUGUCUGGGAACGUGGUUGGGGGCACUGAGCCGAAGGAUGGAAUGUUUGACAUGCACAGGCAAUGCUUUGGUUAAUGUCAUCACAGACCAAACACGAAACGAACCCCUCCUUACUCAUCUUAAACAG